CUCGAAUUCAAGUUUCUUCUAUUUUCCUCAAAUAUUUGAAAACAGGCUGACGCAGACUUUGGGAAACGUCCGUACGGUCGUAAUACCUCGGUAUUUCUCCCACCUGACAAGUGACUGACGACACCUGACUAAGUGGCUGCCGGAGUCCAGACAGCCCGCUGCUCAUCCUCUCGUUGCCAAGGUGGAACCCCAACCAGGGGAAAUAAUCCUGUCGCUCCUUCACUUCUUUCCUGCUCCUUAUGCGCCUUAUGCUUCUCUCUCGCUACUAGACAUCAUCCCGCUCAGGGCAUUCGCUGCCUGUUCACCUCAACCCCAUGCCGUGGUCUGACCCGCGACUCCCCAUUCUCUUACCUCUGCCCGCCCGGGCCUGAUACUCCGCGCCUUGGACAACAUGGCCGACUCCGAAUCAUCUAGCCUGAAAGGCAGCGGCAGCAGGUCACGCCGAGCCUGGACGGUAUCAACAGAGUCCGAAGCAAUGGAUAGCUCCGGUCGAAGCAAUGGUCGCUCUUCGAUUGAUUCCAAUGAACGACCAAAAACACAAGGAGGUGAAAGCUCCGCAAAGGCUGGCUCCAGCGGUUUCUCUAAGCUCAUCAGCUCGCGUCGACGACGGAAGAAGAAGAAUAACAAUGGCGACUCAGCGACGGAUGUACCGCCGGUACCUGGACUUGUCACGGAACAGGAUCUCCAGCAAAGCCGGUCCAAUGAAUCCCGCAAUAGCACUUCCGUCGUCCCGUCUUCCAAUACCAGCUCGAUCGCGCCGGAAGGCGAGGCCUUCAACCUCUUGACUGACGACUCUGAACCUGAGCGAACUCCACCGCUCACCUCUCACAACUCCCAUACGGGGUUCUACACCACCUCCUCCCCGCUCAUCAAAACGACAUCGGUUGAUGUUGGAAACGCGGAAGCAACAGAAGCAGAUCUCGAAUCCGCGGCCAGCGGCCCAAGUGCGACUGGAUCCGAGUUUGCUCCAAGUGAGCCUGUUGAUACCCUCUCCAGACCGGAGACCCGGUCGAGCAUGACGCUAGAGGUUCCGACAGAUACCAGCAGCAAACGCCGCAGUUCCUCUCCCGGACGACGGCUCAAGGAUGCUUUUGGCUCGUCGGAGAAGAAGAAUGCGAAUGGGAAUGAUGAUGCUUCUUCCAAAUCGACCGCCAGCCGAAGCGGUCGAAGCUUGUUUAGUAGUCGACGGAGCAGCUUGUCUUCGAAACGGGCACAAGCAACACCGGAGGCGCCCCCGCCUCUACCUGUUCCUAUUCGCACCGAUCUGACAGAGGAUAAACCUCCUAAAAGAUCAUUGGAGGCGAGUCCAUUACCGAACACCCCUCCGCAUACCGCGAUCCCGGCACCUGCAACCACGGUCACUCCUCCAACUCCUACAGAGCAUCGAUCUCUCAAUCCUCCAAUCAUGUCAGGAACUGUAACGGAUUCACCAGAAUCUAUCCAGUCCCGCAAUUCCUUGUCAGGACCUGAAGCUGGCAUCACAGUGAGUCCCUCGGGUAACAUGAUAUCACACCGGAGGGUACGAUCUGCCUCCGCUGCUCACGGUCCCAGUAAGCUCUCAGCAUCCAUCACUGCGCUGAGUCCCUUGGAGGAAAGUAAGACGCCAAAGGGUGGAUCGAAUCAGCAAAGCGGCUUUUUCUCAUCCGUGUUUUCUGUGGCCCAGAAUGCGGCGAACUCGCUGAGCAACACCCUCAAUUCACAGCAAAAGAACCGUACGACCUCCCAGAAUCCGGCCCCUGGUGUUGAUUCCCCACCAUCAGAGGAGACUGAUCAGGCUUCGGACGCCGCCGAGAAAGGCGACGAACCAAAACCAUCUACGGUGGAGACACUUGGCACUGGUGACUUGAACUUCAGCCAUUUGGGUAUCGAAGCCACUCCAGGUGAAGCGACAUCCUCUGCCGGCGGUGUUGCUGUCACAAACCCAGCGACGCCGGUAGGGAAGCGCAAAAACACGGCCGUGUAUCAACGAGAUGAAGCAGCUGCGAAGCUUGAAGAUCAAAGGGCGGCACGCGCUGUUAACAUGGCCUACGAGAAGCCCGAAUCUACCGGGAUUGGUGCUCCUAGCGACGACAUCCUGGAUCAUCAAUCUAUAGCGUCCUUGCCCAAGGAGGGCACAAUGACUGGUGACCAAACUCCUCCUAGUGGCAGCAUUCUCGAUGGAGACAUUGGAAGCGGCGGUAUCAAGCGGAGUGGUAGUGUGCGUAGUCGACUUGCGCGCCGCCAUCGAGGCUCUUCCGGCGCGACAGCUUCGACAAUUGGUGCAAUUGGUGCUAGCGCCCUGGCGCUCGGCGUGUCUGGUCUGAAUUCCAGUGUUCCGCGACUAACAGGCUUUGCCGUUGCCAGCAAGAAGCGUAACAGAGACUUCCAUCAGCUGUUCCGGAGCGUUCCUGAGGACGACUAUCUGAUUGAGGACUACAGCUGUGCGUUGCAGCGUGAGAUCAUCCUCGCGGGUCGCAUCUACAUUUCUGAAGGUCAUAUCUGCUUCUCUAGCAACAUCCUCGGAUGGGUCACAACUCUGGUUAUCAGCUUCGACGAGGUUGUAGCUAUCGAGAAGGAGAACACAGCCAUGGUCUUCCCCAACGCAAUUGCUAUCCAGACUCUGCAUGCUCGCCACACCUUCCGAAGUUUGCUUAGUCGUGAAUCGACCUAUGAUCUUAUGGUCAACAUCUGGAAGAUCAAUCAUCCGUCUCUCAAGAGCUCUGUCAAUGGCACUCGGGUGACCAAUGGCACUGGCGACAAGACUGAGAAGGUGGGAGAAUGCGACACGGAGAGUGAGGAAUCUGACGAGGAUGAGAUCUACGACGAAGACGAAGAGGGUGACCAUGCUGAUAGCUUCUUUGAAGCUGGACCCAGCGCCAAUGCAAGUGAGAGGUCACUGCCAGGGCGGGCUGGUUUGAGCCGUCAGACCUCAGGUUUAUUGGCCAACGCGACGGCGCCAGCCGCUGGAGCGAAUGGCAAUGGCGAGGCGAAGAACGGCGACAAGGCGGGUUCCCCUAAGGAGGCUGACUUCCCGGGUCCAGCAACGCACGCUCCCACCGAGUACAUCGAGGGUGAUGGGCAAUACGAGAAGGUCAUCAAGGACGAGAUCAUUCCCGCGCCGCUCGGAAAGGUUUAUUCUCUUGUCUUCGGUCCAGCAUCUGGAGAUUUCAUGACCAAAUUCCUUGUGGAAAACCAAAAGUCGGGCGAGUUGCAGUUUGAAGGCACCGCAAAGGGCCUUACCAAUGAAAGCCGGGUCAGGAAGUACUCUUACAUCAAGCCCCUCUCCGGCUUCAUUGGUCCCAAGCAAACCAAGUGCAUCAGCACUGAAAAUUUGGACUUUUUGGAUUUGGACAAGGCUGUUCUAGUCACCCUGAGUACUCAAACGCCCGACGUGCCUAGCGGCAAUGUUUUCGCCACGAAAACCAAAUACCUUUUCACCUGGGCUCCUGGUAAUCAGACACGCUUCCUGAUGACCUGUAACAUCGAGUGGACCGGCAAGAGCUGGCUGAAGGGCCCUAUUGAAAAAGGUGCGAUCGACGGUCAAACUACGUUCGGCACUGAGCUUGUGAAAGCUCUGAAGGCCGGUGUCGUCCCCCGCGGUCGCACCAAUGGUGCCGGCAAGGGCAAGGGUCGCCGUAAGAAGGGCGGUGCCGAAUCCAACGAUGAUGCCGCGGGUGCCUCUCCGAAAGCAGCUGCAGAUACCACCUCGGGCCAGGCGGAGUCUUGGGGCCUACUUGAACCAAUUCGCCCUCUUCUUGAGCCGGUGACCAGCAUGCUCAAGCCUCUGUGGAGCGGGAAUAUUGCUAUCCUAAUUGUAGGGAUCUUGCUUUACAUGGCGUUCUUCCGAUCGACAUCCUCUUCAUCCCGGCUCGGUCACGAUAUUGGUUUCACUGGACUCGGCCUUCCUCAACGGCUCGCUGCGUAUGAAGAAAUGUGGCGACGUGAGGAAAGCGAACUAUGGAACUGGCUCGAAGAUCGAGUGGGUAUGGAUGGAAUGGCAUUCCCGGUGCUUCAUCAUCGUACAGCCGAGGCUCAGGCAAGCCGCCGAAGCUCCCGCGUCAGCCCAGCAGAUGAGCGUGAUCUCAUUGCCCGUCUUCGCGAAGAGCAGGUCUCUGAUCGGGAGAUGGAUCACGCUAUCCGGACUACACGUCAGCGGCUUGAUAUUCUCGAGCAGAUGAUGAGCAAUCGUAAGGCAGAGCGAAUGCCUGCUGGAGAGCCCGUUCGAAGUGAGCUUUAAGCUGCUUGCACCGUGUCUUUCCGAUAUCGAACCCCGUCAUUACUCAAUCUGCAUCCUGAAAUCAUCCCCACCGCAGCCUGCACUUGUGUACCCACAUCUCCUCUCUCAUUUCGUCCACCCUCUUGGUUUUCUUUAGAGCAGUCGCGAUACGGUCUAGCCAUGCUAGCCGUUGAUGACUCUCAUCACUCUCAUUCACCUCCAUACUGAACGACAUCCACUCUUUCCCACCCCGCACUUGAUACCAUUCAAGGGGUCAGCAACUUUUCUUCUUGUACAUGAGCGCCAACUACUUUGUCUAUCUCGGCUGGCACAUGCCGAGGCUUUCCAAAAUUUUCUUUGUGUUAUUUUUUAGCGGUCUCCUCUGAUUCUCUGCCCGCCGUGUGGGAUUUACUGUACAGUCUACUCUGAAAACAAGCCGUUGCGUGUUUCUCGACAUCUUUCGCUGGGCAGCAUCUGAGCGUUCUGCGUGCGAAUCUGCCCUCCUUCUAUCUUGUCGGCUUGAUCCGGGUGUUCAUAUGUCAAGCCAGCGUCAAAUAGCAUAUAAAAAUACAUUCCCUGUCCAGAUCGUGUGUUUUAUUCCUCGACUAUCUGUUGUGGAUUCUCACUGAAUGAGAAGCAGUAUGUACAGCAGAACUUCGCCACUCUAACACUGUUCGGUU